AUGGAGGAAAUUUGUGAGAUAACACUAAACCUAAAGAGGCCACCAUCUUCUCCACUUGAUCUAAGACUUGAGCCACCAGACCCAACAGAUACUGAAUUUGGUUUGCAACGUCUCGAAAAUAUAGUACCGGAAAAUAGUUGGAUAUCAAGAACUGUAAGACCUUAUGUUAGAUCAAAGGUACCACGACUUCCGUGGACACCGGAUCUUCAUGAUGUCUUUCUUCAUGCAGUCCAUCGCCUUGGUGGAGAAGAAAUUCUUUUUGGUUCUUUUCUAUUGGUUUACGGGAUUACAAAGGCUACACCAAAGUUGGUGUUAGAAACUAUGGAUGUAAGGGGACUUACGAUAUCACAUGUUAAGAGUCAUCUUCAGCAUCGUCGACAUCAUCAAGGGAAUUACGAAGAGAAAAAUAAGUUAGGAUGGACAGGCAAACAGAAAGGCAUCAUUGAAUACCAUCAUCAUCAUAAGGCUGACCAGAGCUACGCCUCAAACAACCACCACGAAAAUGAUGGAAGUAUUGUAGUGACUUCAGAAUGCCAGAUAAGGAAACCAAAAUCCUACAUCAUCUGCACUGGACUUCUUAAAAGCUGCUCCCCCCAAGAGAGUGGCUAUGAAAUGCAUAAAGAAAUAGAGAUGAAUAAAGACCUCCCAAAUGAAUAUACUGGAAGUGAACGCAUGAUUCCAGGCUCGCAUUACUCACAACAACCACUAAAAUCAUAUGCUGCUGCAGAUCAUCAAAACGAAGUUGUCGAUAGCUCAUUGUCUCUUUCUUUAUUUAGAAAUGCUUCAAAACCAUUAAAACUCAAGUACGAUGAUUCCUACACUAAUCUAACCAGUGGUACUACUGAUCAUGGGUUUGGUCUCUCUCUAGAUAUAACAUCCUCCUGCUCUUCUACUCUUCGCUAA